AUGGGAGGAAGCGGAUCCAAAGGCAAAGGUGCUUGGCCUUUCUCGGGCAACGGGGCGGCAGGCGACUCUGCGGGUAACAGCAACGAGCAGUCGGUGGCCCGCCUCAAAUGUCCCAGAAAUGCGACGCCCUUUGUUUUUACCAGGAGGAGCUCGCUGUACUUCGAUGAGGACGGUGACCUCGCUCACGAGUUCUAUGAGGAGACGGUGGUGACAAAAAACGGACGUAAAAAGUCCAAGUUGAAAAGGAUACAAAAGAAUCUGAUUCCACAGGGGAUCGUGAAGCUGCAGCAUCCCUGUAUUCACGUCGACUUCCCCAUUGUCCUCUGUGAGGUGUAA